AUGCCAUCCAACUAUGGCGGAUUCAGGGAGGCCGUCAAGGGGUUGGAGGUUAGGAAGGUGCUGGACGCGCCAGAAGAGGUCAAGUGUGUGCCUAUGAAGAAUGUGCUCGAACCUGGUGACAUCCCCACGCUUGGUGAGCUUGGACUCUCCGCACCACCGGCCAUGGCACAGGACUCAAAAUCUGCUGCUGGUUCAAAUCUCAUUGGUGGUGAGGCAGAAGCCCUGGAAAGGCUGAAGAAAUUUGCUGCAGAGUGUUGUAUGCAGCCAAACAAAGCUGUGAAAGAUAGUACUCAGAAUAGCAUAUAUGGUGCUAAUUUCUCCUGCAAAAUUUCACCAUGGCUUGCUACUGGUUGUCUCUCUCCACGUUUCAUGUAUGAGGAGUUGAAGAAGCAUGCCAUUAGACCCAAGGACGGUGAUGGAACAUCCGAUGCUGGGACAAAUUGGUUAAUGUUUGAAUUGCUAUGGAGAGAUUUCUUCAGGUUCGUCACAAAGAAGUACAGCUCUGCACAGAAGACAGUUGCACCUGCUACUGGUUGCACACCAGCCCCUGCGUUUGCUUGA